AUGUCUGUUACGCUUGUAGCCCUUCCUACGGUGCAGCGUCUAAGCCCGCGCUGCAUCAGGAUCUUAGGCGGCAACCCAGGCAAAUUUGCGCUGCAGGGCACCAAUACUUACUUGCUCGGUACUGGCCAUUGGCGUAUUUUGAUUGAUACAGGAGAGGGCCGCCCAAGCUGGAUACAGUCGCUCAAAGAAACGCUCUCCCAAGAGAACGCGACAGUGAAGGCGGCAGUCAUUACACACUGGCAUCACGAUCAUACUGGAGGCAUUGCAGAUCUUGUUAAUACCUUCCCAGAAGUAAAGAUCUACAAGAAUAGUCCGGAAGUUGGGCAGUUGGCUCUUCAGGAUGGCGAUAGUUUCACAAUUGACGGCGCAACCUUGACGGCUCAUCACACUCCCGGCCACACAAAGGACCACAUGGCGUUCACGCUUGCUGAAGAAGAUGCAAUGUUUGCGGGCGAUAAUGUGCUUGGGCAGGGCACUGCCGUGUUUGAGGAAUUAGCAACAUAUCUUCGCAGCCUGAGUAAAAUGAAGACGCUCUUUUCCGGGCGGGUCUAUCCAGGCCACGGACCUGUGGUUGAGAAUGGCUUGGAGAAAAUUAAUGAAUACAUAGAGCAUCGCCGUCAGCGGGAGGAAGAAGUUUUGCGAGCAAUGACGGCAGGUAAUGCUUCCAGUAGCAGUGAUACUUGGACGGCAAUGGCUAUAGUCAAAACGGUAUACAAAGACGUGCGUGAAGAUUUGCAUGAGGCAGCCUGCGGAGGGGUUUUACAGAUGCUGGCUAAGCUGGAGCAGGAGGGAAGAGUCAAGCAGACUAAGGACGGAUGGCAGUUGCAAGACACUAAGAGUUUGAUGUGA